CCACCGCCUCGUAUCCGCCGAGCUCUUUCCGACUUUCAUUAGCAACGGGCUUUCGUCCUCGUUCGAGCACACUCGCCUCCCGUGGCUGGCUCGAACUUCUGUAUGGCACCCGCAGGCUCUGGCCGACAAUGUCGUCGGGGCCACUGUCGCCUAGCUGGUAUCAUAGUGCUUCCGAAUUACGAUAGUUUCCCGGAAAAGCUUCAUCGCCGAAAGCUCGCUGAGCAAUCACACCCGUCAUUUGCUUAGUGAUCCAGAAAUUUCGGGCGAUGUCCCGUUAGAAUACUUCAUCCCGCUCGAAACCGUCUGAGUAAUGCAAGUCCAGGAGCCUUUCGGGAACAUGGAUCAAGGUCUACGCGAGGAUUAUAAAGCCCCGCCAGUACCCAGCACGACGUAUUCUCCUACUUCCCCGAAAGAUGGCCAGCGAACUCAUCGUCAACGCGCCCGCACCCAAUGUUCCCUACUUCAUGCCCGCGCAGAACCCGCCUGCGGGCACUGCGCUUGACCCGCAGCCAAAUGGCAAGCCCAUCCCGAAGCUUUUCCAGCCGCUGAAGAUCCGUGGCGUCGAAUUCCAUAAUCGCAUCUGGCUAUCUCCCCUGUGCCAAUACUCGGCUGAGAACGGAAAGCCAUCCCCAUGGCAAUUCGCACAUUUGGGUGGCAUCCUGACCCGCGGUCCCGGCUUGACCGUGGUUGAGGCGACCGCAGUCGUCCCAGAAGGCCGUAUCACUCCACAAGACGUCGGAAUCUGGUCCGACGAGCACAUCCAGCCCUGGAAGGAGAUCGUCCAGUUCGCCCACUCCCAGAACCAGAAGAUUGCCGUCCAACUCGCGCACGGGGGUCGUAAGGCAUCGACCGUUGCGCCAUGGCUGCACUCUGGACUCGCUGCGCCUGAGAUCGACGGCGGCUGGCCGGACAACGUCUGGGGUCCGAGCGACAUCCCGUACAACGAACACUUCCCAAAGCCGAAAGAGCUUUCGCAUGACGGCGUCAAGCGCGUCGUGCAUGCGUUCGCGAACGGCGCCCGUCGCGCGCUCAAGGCGGGUUUCGACGUCAUCGAGAUCCAUGCCGCGCACGGGUACCUGAUCAGCGAGUUUCUCAACCCGCAAGCGAACAGGCGCACGGACGAGUAUGGCGGAAGCUUUGAGAAUCGGAUCCGGCUGCUGAUUGAGAUCGUUGACGCCCUGCGCGCGAUCAUACCUCCCGAGAUGCCUCUCUUUGUCCGUGUUUCUGGGACAGACUGGCUCGAGGAGGUCUAUCCUAACGAGCACUGGGGCAUUGAGGACACCGUUCGGCUCGCGCCCAUCCUCGCCGAGCACGGUGUCGACCUGCUCGACGUCUCCAGCGGCGGCGUCCAUGCCGCGCAGAGGCUCAAGCUUAAACCGCUCAUGCAGGUCCCGUUCUCCGAGGCAGUCAGGCGCGCACACGGCGACAAGAUCCUCGUCAGCGCCGUGGGCUCGAUCACGAACGGGAAUGACGCGCGGAAUGUGAUCGACCAGGGCGCGGCAGAUGUCGUCUUUGUCGGACGCCAGUUCCAGAAGAACCCCGGGGCCGUCUGGGCGUUUGCGGAGGAUCUGGGUGUGACUAUCACUGUCCCACAUCAGAUUGAGUGGGGCUUCGUCGGGCGAGGAGGUGUCGGUAGGAAAGGUGUGGCUGGGUUGAAGCAACAAUUCUAAGCUAGAUGCGACAAAUCUGCAUAGCAACAAAUUGCGCGACUGUUAGACGUUAGAUUUGGUUGUGUACUAGAAGACAUCAACUGACGCAGCAAUGGCAUUAUUGACAAUUCAGCUGUUG